UGAUCAUUGAUUCAAUGAUAAAAUCUUGCCUUCUAAAGGUGAAAUGCCAUAUUUACAUAAAUAUAAUGCAAAGAUGGAUUCCUUGUGUAUUUCAAUCCAAAGUUUGUUACUUCUCCCUGUUAAUUUCCAAUCUAAAAAUGCUCGUUGGAUCUAAUGCUUUGAUUGACACUUCCAGGUGCGUGAUCUUGUGGAAGCGUCAAAUAUGUAUGGCACUUUAAAUAACGUACUUGACGUUGAUGUCAAAAAUGACACAGUGAGAACACAAGGAAGCCUUUCAUGUAAUCUACGCAGAGUUAGGCAGGGUCUCGACCUCAUCAGAGCUAUAUUCGAAAAUUUUUUGUCUUCAGAGUAUUGCUCUUUAAAAGAAGCAGCCUCAGCAGCUUAUGCACAAGUUUGUGCACCAUACCAUACAUGGGCAGUCAGGACAGCAGUUUAUGCUGGAAUGUGUGCUCUCCCAACGUGGGAACAACUGCUGCUGAAGCUAAAUGAAAAUGGUGAGAUUGUGAUCCCUUUAUAGGCAGAAGUGAUAUGGUUUUGUGUCAUAAUUUGACCUGGACCAUUGUUAAAGUUUUGAAUUAAAUUCCACAAAUUAGGCCUUUACUAGUACCGGAGCCGAAGUAAAUGAGCACACCAAAACAUGUUGACAGUAUUAAUAAUCAUUGAUAAAGCAUGCCACAGUAAAUAUGAAUACUGUGUGUGGAAAUUAUUGACUAAUGGGUCUAUAGUUAUUACUUUUAAAUACUUAAGGAAGUUAAGAUGGAUGAAAACACUAAUGAGAUUGUGUUUGUUGAAGUGUUGUAUAAACAACAUCACUAAUAUCAAAUUUUUCCUUUUCCCUUCCCCCUACAUUUCGAAGCACCAAAUGGGGCCGUUGAGAAAAAUGAAAAGAUGCUAUCUAGAAGUUUAUACCAGCAUGUCGUAAAACUUGUGGUGUUUACAACAUUCAAAUUGAUUAUACUUAUCAGAUGAAUAGUGUAUUCUAAAAUUAUUGA